AUGGCACGCUAUGAUCGGGCCAUCACGGUGUUCAGCCCUGAUGGGCACCUGUUUCAGGUGGAGUAUGCGCUAGAGGCGGUGCGCAAGGGCGCGCUGGCGGUGGGUGUGCGGGGCACGGACGCCAUUGUGCUGGGCGUGGAGAAGAAGGCGGUGGCCAAGCUGCAGGUCGCCCAGACGGUGCGCAAGAUUGCCCAGAUCGACGACCACAUCUGCCUGGCCUUUGCCGGGCUGACGGCGGACGCGCGGGUGCUGAUCAACAAGGCGCGCAUAGAGGCGCAGAGCCACCGGCUGACGCUGGAUGAGCGUGCCAGCGUGGAGCACAUGACGCGGUACAUUGCGGGGGUGCAGCAGAAGUACACGCAGUCCGGCGGCGUGCGCCCCUUUGGCAUCUCCACCCUCAUCGUGGGCUUCGACCCGCUGGGCCGCCCCGCCCUGUACCAGACCGACCCUUCGGGAACCUACUCAGCCUGGAAGGCAAACGCCAUUGGCCGCAACUCCAAGACCGUGCGCGAGUACCUGGAGAAGAACUAUGCGGAGAGCAGCGGGCGGGAGACGCUGAAGCAGGCGCUGCGGGCGCUGACGGAGGUGGUGGAGGGCAGCAGCAAGAACAUCGAGGUGGCGGUGGUGGAGAAGGAGGCGGGGCUGCGCUUCCUGUCAGACGAGGAUGUGGAUGGGCUGGUGAAGGAGAUUGAGGAGGAGAAGGCAGCAGCGCAGCCGCAGAGGCCGGCGGCGCAGCCAUAG